UCUAAACGCAUGGCCUCGUGUCCUAUGUAAAGUCCGGUUUGUGAAUAGAUUUGCACACAAUGGUUUGUAUUGGCCCCGAAUAUAUUUGUAUAAUGUUAUCAUAUCCCCUCUCAGGCGACGUUUUUCUAAACUAAAUAGGUUUAAAUUUGUUAACCUUUCUUCAUAGCCGAUAUGUUCCAUUCCUUUUAUUAAUUUUGUAGCCCGCCUCUGCACUUUUCUAGUGCCAUAAUAUCCUUCUUUAGAACAGGUGCCCAAAAUUGCACAGCAUAUUCAAUAUGUGGUCUUACCAGUGAUUUUAUAAAGAGGCAAAAUUAUAUUCUCGUCCCCAGAAUGAAUGCCCUUUUUCAUGCAUGACAAUACCUUACUGGCCUUGGCCACUGCUGAUUGACAUUGCACAUUGUUGCAUAGUUUGUUGUCUAUAACAAUUCCCAAGUCCUUUCAUGUGUUGUUAUCCCUAAUUCGCUUCCAUUAAGGGUAUACGUUGCUUGUGUAUUCUUUACGCCGAAGUGCAUAACUUUGCAUUUUUCAACAUUAAAUUUCAUCUGCCAUUUGAGUGCCCAGUCCCCCAGUCUAUCUAAAUCCCUCUGCAGCAAUAUCUUGCUCACAUUGUAUUAUUUUACAAAGUUUUGUGUCAUCUGCAAACACUGAAACAUGACUUUCAAUGCUGUCUUCAAGAUCAUUUAUAAACAUGUUAAAUAGAAGGGGUCCCAUAACAGACCCCUGAGGGACACCACUUGCCACCUCUGUCCAGCUUGAAAAUUUACCAUUAAUGACAACUCUUGUACUCUGUUUUUAAGCCAAUGUUCUACUCAAGAACAAGCAUUUUCAUCUAGACCGUAUUUCUGAGUUUGAAAUACCAAUCUAUUGUGUGUGAACUGUAUCAAAUGCCUUGGCAAAAUUCAAAAGAUCAUAUCCACGGCAACACUCUGAUCUAUAUACUUCUACUUACUUUCGCUGUGAGAACGUUAAAUCAAGGUUUGAUAUGACCUGUGCUUCAUAAAACCAUGCUGAUUUUUGCUGAUAACCAUGUUCUUCUCAAGGAAUUCUUGAAUAUUAUCCCUUAAUAAACUUUCAAAUAUUUUACCAGCCACAGAAGUUAAGCUCACAGGUCUAUAAUUUCCAGGCAAGGAUUUUGAACCCUUUUUGAAUAUAGGAGCCACAUCUGCCUUCCUCCAAUCCUCCGGAACACUUCCUGAAAGAAAAGAAUCUUGAAAGAUUAAAAACAGAGGUUCACUUAUUUCUGCACUUAGUUCCUUAAGUACACGUGGAUGGAUACCGUCAGGCCCUGGACCUUUGUUUAUAUUAACUUUCUUUAGUUGCUGCAGCACCUUGUCUUGAGUUAACCAAUUACAAUUAUUCUGCAAGUUUUUAGUAGCAAUCAUUUGUACAUCUAUUGCCAUGGGUUCUUCCUUAAUAUAUACGGAGGAGAAAAAGUUAUUUAAAAUUCCUGCCUUUUCCUGGUCUUCAUUAACUAACACCCCCGUUUCAGUUUUUAGUGUACCUACACUUUCAUUUUGGGGUUUUUUAGAAUUUAUGUACUUAAAAAAUGCUUUGGGGUUGGUUUUGCUCUCUUCAGCUAUCAUUAUUUCAUUUUGAAGUUUAGCAAGUCUAAUUGCCUUUUGCAUUAUUUGCAUCCUUAUAUCUUUUAUAAGAUGCAUCUGAUUUGUCCGAUUUAAAUGCUUUAAAUGCCCUUCUCUUAGUUGUAAUCUCUUGUUUUACUUCUCUACUAAGCCAUGUUGGUUUUAAUUUGUUUUUUUAUAUUUAUUUCCCAAUGGUACAUACUGAGAAAUGUACCUUUGUAAUAUUUGUUGGAAGAUGAUCCAUUUAUCCUCAGUGUUCUUUUCACUAAAGAGUUUAUGCCAGUCAAUAUAUUGUAAAGCUUCCUUAACUUAUUGAAAUUGGCCUUUUUAAAAUUAUAUGUUUUAGUAUUCCCCAUGUGCUUUUGUUUUUUUUGAGUUUAUUUCAAAGGACACUAUAUUGUGAUCACUAUUUCCCAAGUGCUCACCUACUUGAAUGUUGGUCAAAAGAUCAACGUUGUUUGUUAAAACUAGGUCCAGACAAGCAUCCAUUCUAGUUGGUGCUUGUACAAGUUGUGACAUGAAGGUGUCAUUUAACAAGUUUAAAAACCUAAUUCCCUUUGCUGAGGCACUAGUCCCUCUGUCCCAAUUUAUAUCCGGUAAUUAAAAUCUCCAAUAAUUAAAGUGUUACCCAGAUUUGCAACUUUCUCAAUUUGCUCAAACAGCUGUUGUUCCUCGUCAAUAUUAAUAUUAGGUGGUUUAUAACAGAUCCCAACCAAUAGUUGGUUUCCCUUCUUUUCCCCCAAGCAGAUAUUUACCCAUAAAGCUUCCACAUUAUCCUCCUCGCAUUCCAUUUGCUUAACAUUUGGCUUUAAAUCAUGUUUGACAUACAAACAUACCCCACCACCCUUCUUGUUGAUUGGACUCGGAGAUCUUCUCCAGUGUAGCAUGGAUCGAUGCAGGUCUGUGAAAUAAGUACGUUGGGAGGACUCAAAGGCACACAGUGCAUGUAGUGCUGUAAUGUUUUAGUUUCUGUCAGAGAGUGAUUUGCUCCUAACAAUGACAUUGCAGGAGGCUGCUGAAGGUGGCUUGGGACCACUUGAACGUCUACUUAUAAACCAACUCUAGGUCCACUGCGAAGAGCUUUUUAAUAUCUUGUAGCAAGUUGUGAAUAUCCUGCUUUGUAUCCUUCUUUGCCAGCACUAAUGGCGUAGGCACAGAAGACCUUGUCUACAUAUGCUGGUCCUCUGAGUUAAUCUCUGAGUCUUUCAGUAUUUGGGAUCUUCUCCCCAUUAUGUGUAAGUCAGGUGUCAGUCACCUUUCAACAGUGGGAAGAACAAGUAGUCAACAGGUGAUUCAGGGGCGAGGUAUGCCACUCCAGUCAGCUGAGAGGCUGUGUAGGUCCUAAACUUUCGGCUCGCCUUUUUCACUGUUGGGGAGAAUAUAAAAGGCAUCAGAUGAGUACCUCCCUUAUACUGUGAAUAAUUUGCCAUCAAGGUAUGCUGGCAGUGACAGGUAAAUCAGUUGCAGAGAGUUGCAGUGUUCAGCUUGGAGACUUUUUGUUUCCCCCACUUCUCCUUAUUGUCUUAAUUUGGAAUUAAAUAUAUUAUCUAAAAAUAUCCCUCACUGAUUUUUCUGUUACUCCUAGACUGUUAUAGUCAGCAUAGGUCACUUAGUGACAUUGACCCAGGAUUACCAAUGAAACACCCACUCACUGGCUUUGACAUUAGACAUGUCUAUCAGUAUCUUGUAUAGGCCAUUCCAUUGGCUUCAUUGAUUUCAUAGCCUCAAGGUAUCAUUGCUCACUAGGCAUACAGUGAAUCUGUCUCCCUGUUUCUCUUAGUCAGCGCACCAUUGUAAUAGUGAAAAGUUCCUACAAUAUAUCCAGUUCCUGUUAUAAUAGUGCUACAAUACUCCAGUCUUAUUAUAAACCAGUGCCACUGUUCUGGGGGAGCUCAAGAUGUGGAAGUCACUUGUGUCAUGUUUGGGAGCACUGAUAAGUUAGCGGUCUGGAUUAAUUAACUCUUUCAUGCCAUUCUGUCCCCACUAUAGCUGAAUGGCGGAUAGUCCUGUCCACUGGGCGGGAUUUACCAUUACCUACAGCACAUGUCCACUGGGCUGAAUUUAUUAGUAGGCCUACAGCAGGGGCCUCCCCCAAAUACAAAUAUGUAUAAGAAUAUACAUAUUAAAAAUUACAUAUACUAAACAGUAUAUAUUUCAAAUUCUAAAUUUACAAUAGCUAUUUUGAUUUGCUGAAAUAUUGGCAGAGUGUAUUGUUAGUAUUGUACUAUUAUGGCUGUUCCUUUAAGGAUGAAAAUGUAAAGAAAGAAAACAAAAGAAACAGAGUAAUCUCCCUUUAAUUAUCUACAUAAUUUUUGUGCAGAAGAGUGGGGUCAUAUUUCAAGCUGUCUUAUUGUGUUACAAAAUGGUUAACUUAAUAUCUUUACCAACAAGUUCUAGGCAGGCAAUCGCCUGGUCUGGUUUUUGGAUUGCUGUCAAAACUGUCUGAAAAACAAGUGCCAUUUGUUUUCCUGCGCUUAGCAUUUACCGGGAAACCAGGAGGAUAAAUUUCCAGGAUCGUUUUUUAAAUGGAUCCAGAUGUGAAGCCUGAGCCCCUCUAGGAUAGGAGGGAAGCACAAGAGGAAAUGCUCUGCCAGUGUUAGAACUCAUAGUAACAGCAGAUAUUAAUGUUUCCACAAAGUGAAGUUCAUUGAAACGUGCUGAAAGUAACAAGAUGAUACAGCGUCACAAAUUGCUUAUAAAACAGGAACCUAGUACUUUAAACCUAUUAACUUAAUACGACUCCAAACACUGAAGAAAUAGAUGCACUAAAGAGUUUAAAAGUGAUUUUAUAGAAUUUUUUUUAAUAUUUGAAGUGCAUAUACUAUUUGUUUGAUUAGCAAUGAAAGGUACAGUAAAUGUUAAACGGACCACUAUUUAUACAGGGAGUAUCCAGGACAGGCUAAUUAUCUAAAAAAAAAAAUCACUUCUAUAUGAUAUAUGUUAUAAUACUGUUGAUUUAAUAAUUUAUAUGGAUAGCGAGAACCCUUAUAGGACAACACAUUUUUUUUUGUUUAUUUUUUUUACCAUAAAUUAAAGUUUCAAUGUUGUUGUUUCUUUCUUUGACUUUGUACCCUCAGUGCAGCAUGAGCCCAUCUAAUGACGCACUUGCACUUGUUGGCGACAGUUCCUUGGUGUUCUCAAAAGUGGUACACCAGCGAACAAAGUCAGAACAGCUGGAUACGAUUUGAAAAUCAGGACUGUCCUGCAUAAAUUGGGUUGGUUGAGAGUCAUGAGAGAGAGAGAGAGAGAGACCACAAAAAGAGAGCUUAGACUUUUUGGGUGCUUGCAAUAUUUGAUCAGUUUUAAGUCAAUAUUUGAUUUUUGUAAACAUCCCAAGUAAAUCCCAAGUAACAUCCAAGUAAAGGCAUAUUAUAUUACUUUUAAUUUUUAUAUACAUUGAAGGGGCCAAGGUACCUGGAGUGUCCCUUUAAGUAGAUUGCAUUGUAUGUAUUUUGUGGGUAGUGUGUUUGAUAUUAUCGGAAUACUUUCAAUCAGACCAGCAUACUCAGGGCCGGCCUUAGGUGAUCAGACGCCCUGUGCGAGCCCAACAUAUGGCGCCCCCCCCCCCUUCAGCAAAACCUCUGCCCCUUCUACAAUAGCCCUGUUCCGCCUUCUACAAAACCCUUCCACAAACCCCAGCCCCCCUUUCUACAAAAACCCUGCCCCCCUUUUUACAAAACCCUGCCCCCUCUACAAAACCCCUGCUCCCCCUUUAAUAAAACCCCUGCCCACCCUUCUAUAAUUUUUUUUCUCCCCCUUUAACAAAACACAUGCUAUCAUUAUAUAUAUCAACUAUACAGCAAUGUUCACAUAAUAUCACUAAAAACCUUCCCCCUCCACCAAAACCACUGCCACCCUCUACAAAAGUCCUGCACUCAUUCUACAUAAACCUCUGCACCCCUUCUACAAAACCCAUGCUCCCCUUAUACUAAGCCCCUGCUCCCCUUCAACUAAACCCCUGCUCCCUUAUACUAAACCCCUGCCCCCUUAUACUAAACCCCUGCUCCCCUUAUACUAAACCCCUGCCCCCUUAUACUAAGCCCCUGCUCCCCUUAUACUAAACUCCUGCCCCCCUUAUACUAAAGUCCUGCCCUCUUAUACUAAACCCCUGCCCCCCUUAUAUUAAAGUCCUGCCUCCCCUUAUACUAAACCCCUGCUCCCCUUAUACUAAACCCCUGCCCCCUUAUACUAAACUCCUGCCCCCUUAUACUAAACCCCUGCCCCCUUCUACUAAACCCCUGCUCCCCUUCUACUAAACCCCUGCUCCCCUUAUACUAAACUCCUGCCCCCUUUACAAACCCCCUGGUCCCCCUUCAACAAAACCCAUGCCCCCUCCACAAAAUCCUUUCCCCUGCCACUUCACCAGAAAUGCCUGCCCCCUCUUCUACAAAACCUCUCCUCUACACCUAAACCCCUACCCCCUUUUUUACAAAACCUCUAACCCCUUCUAUAAAACCUCUGCUUCUCCCUAAACCAACCCACCUUCUACAAAACCCCUCCCCCUUCUACAAAACCCCUUCCCCAAAAUCCCAGCGAGAAAACCUCUGCUCCCCCUUCUGCAAACCCCCCCACACACACAUCCAAAAACAACAAUCUAUUUAAUUUAAAAAAAAAAAAGCAAUAGUUACAACAAGAAUGAGCAGACUCACAUUGAAGCUUGCUGCUCCCUGGACCCUCCUGACAGUGUCCCAGUCUGCCGACCUUGAUACCAGCACUGCCCUCCUCCCUCACACUCACUGUGAGGAUCCUUCCGCGGAUGACUGUGGAGGCGGAGCACGCUCUUCCUCAGUGCUCCUGACCUCCUCUCUCUCCUGGCCGCUGCACUCUUCAUAAUUUGCAAGUCAAGUGCGCAGCACAAUGCACUUGACUUGCUCUGCACAUGACUCGGGCCGGCCUGUGAGUGACUGAGUGCGAGCUGUGUCGGCCGCCUGGCGCCCCUGUUGCCAUGGCGCCCUGUGCGGCCGCACAGCUCGCACACCCCUAAGGCCGGCCCUGAGCAUACUUGAUGUAACACAUGACCACAGCUUAUCAGUACAAAUAUCUGUUAGUAAAUAAUAAAAUGGCAUUACAAGGAGCUGCAAUACAUCAUUAUUUUCCAUCUACAUUACUGGAUCAAUACAACAACUUCAAUAUCUUGAUUCCUUGUAUACAUUUUAGUUAUGGUCACUGAUUAGUUAAACCUCUAGGUGUUUUUCCACAUCGAGGAACAGAAAUGAAAAGGCAUUGUUUUGGCACUUUAUAUGAAACCUCUACUACGAGAAUUCUGUUUGGGAAAAUAUGUUUCCGUUUAGCCUGCUUCACCUUAGAAUACUCCAGUGUGAUGUGGGAUUUGGCACUGAAGGAAUUCCACAUAUGAUCUUAUAACAUUCAAACCCGCAGUUUAUAUUUUUACCAAAUAUACAGUCAUUUCAAACUUUCAAUUUUUAUUCAUAAUUUUCUGGCGUUUAAAGGCAAAAGCACAAUUUAUAUAACUUUUCUUUACUUCCUAUACAUUUCUAAUAUCAUUUAACCAUUUGAUACUAGAGAUGACUGUGAUUCCAUACUAUCCUUUAUGUCUCAGUGAUCCUUCCCUGGGUAAUAUAUCAAUGCACUCUUAGUUGCUAUUCCCUCGAAAGUAGAUUUUGCCCCAAGACUUUUUCCAAGGUCCGCUCCUCUCCUUCCCUGUAUAUAUUUUUUUGCAGUGUCCUCAGAUAGUAUUUUGAAUUAAUCUAUAGUUUCUAUGGACAUGGCAAUUUCCCUACCCACAUUCUUAAUUCAGAUACAGUGUAAUGUCCCAUAAUACCCUAUUACUGUAUCUUGUAGGGUGGUCCAUCGUCAGUCAUUCUCUGUACUAUGGUUUACUUUAACCAUCUUGUUACUUUCAGCAAGUUUCAAUGAACUUCACUUUGUGGAAAAAUUAAUAUCUGCUGUUACUACGAGUUUUAACACUGGCAGAGCAUUUCCUCUUGUGCUUCCCUCCUAUUCUAGUGGGGCUUUUACCUUUUGGCAUACUGCCAAGGCGUUAACUCUGAAUCCAUCCCUUUUAUUUCACUAUUCACAUCUUAAGGUUCCUACCUCCUGUCCUGUUGUGUUUUACGCCCCACCUCCUAUAGACUGUAAGCUCGUUUGAGCAGGGCCCUCUUCAACCUAUUGUUCCUGUAAGUUUUUGUAAUUGUCUCAUUUAUUGUUAAAUCUCCCCCUUUAAUAAUAUUGUAAAGCGCUACGGAAUAUGCUAGCGUUAUAUAAAUACCAGUAAUAAUAAUAAUAAGAUUUGGAGUACCUUCACUCAAUUCAACUCAGCCCUUUUCCCAAUAAUGAUAUGUCACGAGAGGAACUUGAAGCACCCAUUUGGGCUGUUUCUGCCACUCCCACUGAUCUCAGGCUUAGGUUUGGAGCCAUGGACUGCAGGGUAUCAGUCAAACCUUUCAUUUCGUAUAAUAUUGCAAGGAUGAUGUCAGCUAGUGUGCAGUACAGCAUUUGAAAAGAAUGAUCUGCAUGUUAAAACAACAGACAGAUCAUGCAGUAUAUUUGUAUAUAUAUUUAGAUAGAUUAGUGUAGAUUUGAUUAGCCGUAUUAGUCCAGUAGAAAAGAUGCCAAAAAUACCAGAGUAUUACAGUAUGCAAUGAUAGUUUUUUUAUUAGACUAAUAUAAUAUUUUAAAGACUUUGAAAUAUUAUGUUAGUCCAAUAAAAAAGGUAGCAUUGCCUACUGCAAUACUCUGGUAUUUUGGCAUUAUAUAUAUAUAAAAGUGAUAUUAUUAUCAUAUUAUUAUAUGAUGACAGACAGAUCAUGCAGCAUAUUUGUAUAUAUAUUUAUAUAAAUAAAACUGAUACUGCACUCCAAAAUUAUACAAUCUCAAUGAAAUGGUUUGGGUGCCAGGAACUGCAUGAAUGGCAGUGUUUACAUUGCAGGGUUUAAAUGUGUCUAGUGGCUGUCACUCAGACAGCCACUAGAGGCGUUUUCGCCAAAUUAACUAAGUAAAACUCUAUUUCAAUCAGAUGAUCUCAUAGAGACUGUUUGAUUGGCACAGUGUGACAUUUUGCAGAUCAUGCACUCUAGUCUCCGAUAUCAAAAUGAUUGAUUAUCUCAGCUGAGAAGGUGGGGCAGGCCGCAUAUUGAGCACCUGGCAAGGAAGAAAAUGUGAAUAAAAAAGUGCUUAUUUAACUUAAUUUCAGGCGGGAGGGGGCACCUUACACAAGCAGUCCAGCACUGUUGCAUGAGCAAUACGUUUAUAUUCUUAAUUCUAAAGUGUUCCUUUAAAUAACCAGAAUGUAUAUAUUAAAGGGACACUAUAGUAACCAGAACAACUACAGCUUAAUGUAGUUGUUCUGGUGAGUAUAACCAUUGCCUUCAGGCAUUUUAAUGCAAAUACUGCCUUUUCUGGAGAAAAGGCAGUAUUUACAUUACCCCUAGGGACACCUCCAAGUGGGCACUCCUUAGAUGGCCACUGGAGGUGCUUCCUGACUCAGUGCUGCACAGUAGGCAGCUCUGCUGUUCAGCGUCCCUACGCUCUGCAUGGGGAUGCUGAAUCUUCCUCAUAGAGAUGCAUUGAUUCAGUGUUUGGACCCACAUGGCGCUGGAAAUAAGGUGAGUUUUAAUUGAUUUUAAGGGGGCCAAGGGAGGUGGGUGGGGGGAGGGGAAGCCACCUAAAUGGUAGUUUUUGCCCUAUAGGGUCAGGAAUACAUGUUUGUGCUCCUGACCCUAUAGUGUUCUUUUAACUUUUUUGUUAACUUCAUAUAAAACAAAUUUCAGGUCUAUGAAAACGACAUAAUCAUAUCUUAUGUGAAAAGAAGAGAUAAUAUGACCAUAUCAUGCUUUGCCUGCCACUGCAGCAAUAUAUCUAUCAGAGGUCGUAAUGUACCGUAAUUACUUUCAGAGUAAUCUGUACAAAUAUAUUCUGUGCAGAAUCUCUUUCAGCAGAGCCCUCUUCAUAUAUCUGUUGACAUUACUGUUAAUUGUUGCCACUGCAUAAUUGUUAAAGUACUGUGGGAUAUGUUGCUGCUAAAUGAUUACCACCAAUGGCCUUGACUGAAUAUGUUUAGAUAAACUUUUAAAAUGUAUUAAUAUUUAGAAAAAUAUUUUAAUAGUUUUUUAUUUUGAUAUUUUUCAUAGUGGUAUAUAUUUUUUAAAUAUAUAUAUAUAUUUUGAUAUAUGAAAUAUAUUUAGUAUUUUGAAAAAAUUUUUUUGCAAAUUUAUAUAAAAAUAUAAAAUUAUUUGUAAAUCAAAAAAUAUUAAAUCGGGACCAAUGAUAGUAAUAAUACAUUUUUAAAAAAAUGGUUUUUAGUUCACCAAAGUUUAGUAUUUUGUGAACAAACCUCUCAGAAUAUUCAAAGAAUAGCUUUCCAUAUGCUUAAUCAGAAUUGGUAUUUUUAGCCAAGAGUAUCUAUUCAAUGUUAGAUCUAUUUUUAUGUGUGGAUUCACUCAUCUGUCCUCUAUUAGACUAAAAAUCGAGCUCUGUGUUGGCAGAGCAUCUUUUUAAGUCACAACUGGUAGCGGAAUCCUUCAAUAAGUAACACAUGUGAGGAAAGCAUUGACAUUUAUCAAACUUAUAUCCUUAAUAUUUUCAUAUGGAUUGCGAAUCAUUAGAGCACUAUGAAGGUGUAUACAUGUAUGUAAUAUAAUAAGGUGUCUUAAUACACAAAGUACAGAUUUAUUUUCCAGUAAUGUGAGUAAUGAAGUAAUGUGUCAAAAUCAAUAAAUACUAUUGAAAAAUGUAAAAUGUCACGAGUAAAGAUGAUCCAGAUGUCUCAAAGUGAUUGGAACAUUAUGCACGCGACUUUUUCCAAAUUUCAAGAUCACUGCCCUCUCGUCUUAAGUAAAAUUUACUAUAGGAAGAAAAUGUUAAGAAAACCGUUUUAUGGAGAUUGAAAUGGAAGCUUCCAAUGAAGCAUUUUUACAAGCUGUGAAAGUUUAUGUUGAAUGCAACAUAUCAAAAUAUCCCAUAAAACCCCCCCAUCUAUCGCUGUGUCUGGGUUAUGUUAACUGCAUUGGUAUGUAAGUUUAGUGCUGAAGAAAUACAUAUUGCAGUUGCGUUAACCCUUUAAAGGUUAACAGUAGUGGUAUCCAAUCUAAAGCGGGUCUGUCACGUUUUAAUGUUUCAUAAAGGUAUAUUCUUUAUAAGAUCUUGAUCAAGACUUCAUUGGAAUUUUCAAAUGCAAUGCAAAGUUAACAAAAGGCAAAGUAGAGAGUAGUUUUAUUGUAAAGUCUGAGGUUGACAAAAGACGGAGCUCCACCAUGAGAUUUUGUCCAAUCCCAGCAGCCGUUACAAAUGAUGACUGUUGAGCUCUGUCUGUUGAGGAUCCAGCGUGAUCCUCAACAGACCUCAGUUUUUUUACUCUUGCGCAUGCGCAAGAGUAUAGCACCGACGUGGCUCCUGGCAACUGAAGAGGACAGCAAGACGAAGAUGGUGGCUGUCAGGAGGAACAGCCUGAGGUAAGGAAAACUCACCUCUAUUGUACGCUGCGGCUACCAGAUCCACAUGGGAUCUGUUGGUUUUGUGGGUCUCUGUGAAUUAUGCAAAUACCGACGAAAGUGAGAGAUACACUUUAAAUGUAUUAAGAGGAAAAUAUAUCAUCAUAAACAGUCCGUUUUCAUUUUGUUUGUGUUUUGUAAUUUUCUGUCUAAUAAAUGUGUCCCACGAAAUCAUGUGAAAUAUUCUAUUUAGAGGCUUUCAUACCAUGUGCCAAGAACCACCACUUUUACAGGAUUUAGGCUUUACCCAAUUAUGUUUUAAAUGAAAUAUGAAUGAAACCUAGACUGUCGUUGACCAUUGAGACUUGGGAUUUGAUCAGCUACUCUCCAUUCUUGUGCCGACGAGUAGAAGCCAAAGUCAGGUUUCUGGUGGUUAUGUAUGACAAUGUUUGACUGGCCAAUCCAGAUCUAAGAAUAAAUAUUAAAUUUUUUGCUUUAGGUGCACUUACAUAUUGCAUCUCACUUGACUUGACUAUACACUGAUACACACUGCACCCACACCUGUGCUAGUGGUUAAUGAACAUUUUAAUGUCUUCAGAUUGAUUCUUUACUUGAUAUUAAUGAAUGUACUGUGAGGAGAUGCAAGGAUGGGGGCAGGGGCUAGUUUAGAGCCCAACGCUGAGUCCAAAUGAACAUUAUUAUUGUAGCUCUUAAGUUAUUAGUAGAUGGUCUGUUUUCUUAAUUUAGGCAUGUUCUUUGCAGUAGGGAUUAUGAAUUGAGAGUUAUCUGCAUUCCAUGUGAUUUGUAAUCUAUGGCAAUUAAGCAGUUUCAGAGGUGACAGGAUUCUCAUUCCAUACACGUCUCGUCUCAGCGGACAAUGCACUUAAAGAUAUUUGCAUCACCAAAGUCAUGAUUCUUGUUUUUUUGUAAUGAUAUUUACAUAAUUAAUAAUACUAUUACAUUUCCUCUCUGAAACAAAUACUAAGAGUAAACAAAGUGCCAGAUGGAUGUCCUUUCAAAUGCUGUAUUACUUCAUACUGUUUCUAGCAGACACACUAUUAAAUAGAAUACCGUGUUAGCCGAUACCUUGCGUAAUGCUGUUUUGGUGCCUGUUAGUAAUAUUGAUAGCACACCAGGCUGUGUGGGCUUUUUUGCUGCGGUAUAGUCUCUAUUUCUGCAGAGCGUUCUCUCUGCCUUCAGACCCACAGGGACUGGUCUAUAAAUCUACAUUUACUGCUUAAAACCCCCUUCUCACUUUACCAAGUUAUAUUUAGACAAUAAGAAUAUUACCCUCUAUAGUCGUUUGCCUGUUGUGCUUAGAUCAAUAUAUUCUUUUUUUUUUUUUUCCAUUGUGCGCUAGUAACAUUUUAACUCUACUAAGGUUACAAAAUAAUUAUUCCUCAAUGGCAGGUGUGGAAACAAAGUUAGUUUUUUUUAAAUUACUAUUAUUUUUGAGCCAAGCAGUUGACGUGUGUCCAGUAAUAAUACUGAGCCUUGGUAUGCUGCCAUCAAUUUAAGCUGUUGUAAUAAAGUUUAUAGAAUUGACAGAUGAAGCACAAGCCUUUCCUCCUAAAUUGCUAUUAACAAAGCCAGGAAUUCAAAUAAGGACAAGUCUGGUCAAAAAAUCUAACGCAAUCCAAACGUAUCAAAAUAGCAUGGUUUGGAGAUGGCAGGCGUAGAGUUUGGCCCACUCUAUGCUGACAUCUGUUUUACCGGUUCCGCAAUGGCUCUCUGUAAUAACUUGCAUCUGUACUUGUGGACAAAAAAAUAAAAAUAACCAUAUUUAUUUUUUAGUUAAACUAGGUCAACGUUGACCUUUGAAAAACAGUGAGGGAUGAUCUAAUAAAGCAUUUCACAGAGAAGAUUAUUCUUUUUCACAGCCUUUUAAAGCCAAUCUUUUUCGAGAUAGGUUAUUGCCCUAUACUUUAGUUGCUCUCACAGCCCGCUAUCUAACAUAGCAUUCACUACUGUUGCCAUUCCGCCGUUUAAUACCACCAUCAUUUUGCAUUUACCAUGUUGGUGACUGACAUAUUAAAAUGAAGUAGCGUACAGCAUGAAAUAAACAAUGUAUUUACUCUGACUGAUGAAGCUGCUUUAACUUUUUACUUAGCUGUACAUUUUCUACCAAUGUACUCUAGUAUUAUUUUUGCUUUCUCCAAUUUUGAUUUGCAUUAUGUUAGUACUACAUGUUUGCACAUGUGUGUGAAUAUCACGUUUGAUAAUUCUAAUCAUUAAAAUAGAAGUGGUAUAAACUGAGCACAUUUCCUUAAUGCUUUAAUGUGCUUGUCUGAUAGGAUCUAGGAUUCAUUAUUCAGUUCAAUAGAGAUAAUUUAACUAUUCUGACAUCCCUUUAUGACGGCAUUAGGAGAUCACAUUCUUCUAAGCUAAAUAGGUGUUAGUAAGUGUUAUGAUGUAAGCAAUGUAUCACUCUGUUGUAUGUUCAAACAUGGCAGAAGUGUCAUAUGGUAGUCAAACUAUUUGUCAUUCUCUGUUAUUGCACGUCAGAGGGCAUGAUGUGACCGUAACUAACCAGCAUACUGAUAGCUUAGUAAUACUAGUGGUAUGGGACAGCAACCAGCCAGUAUAGUGUUGACACAGCAAUAAAAGCUGGCGCGAUUUAUGAUGGCGAAUAUUAAGAAAAUUGGGCAGACUAGACGGCCAGAAUGGUUCUUAGCUGCCGUCACAUUCUAUGUUUCUAUGCACUGAUGGUAUAGACUUCACAUUGGAUAAACAUUCCUUUAAUUUAUGUCUUAGAUGUUUUAUAAAUAGAUGGUGGAUUGUUGUAUCUGUUGAUCCAGAAAUCUAAAAUAAUUUUGGAAUGGCAAUGGGUAUCAUGCAGCCCAGUGGUUUAUCCUGGUUUUGUGCUGCCCUAGGCAUGACAAAACUCGGGCACCCCCCCCUUUCCAAAUUUAUUUUCCUGACAGACCUCACUGAUGCAUGCACUGACAUACAUUCACUGACAGAUACACAAUCAUUGUCACACACACACUGUUUAACCACUUUCACUGAAACAUACACAUUCACAGAAAUACACACUCACUCAUUCAGUUACACUCACUCAUUUACAGUUACACACACACACACACACACUCACUCACAUUCACUGACAGACACACACAUUCAUCGAAAAACACACAUACACACCGACAGACACACAUUCACUGACAGACAUGCCUACAGACUCACUGACAAGACACACAUGCACAUUCACUGACAGACACACACACUGACAGAACUGCAUACACACUCACUGUCAGGUGUGCACACAGUGUCAGACACACACUGAGACUCACAUAUACUAACUGACAGAUAUACACUGACAAACACACAUAAACACUCACUGACAGACAUAUACACACUCAGUGUCAGACACACACCCACUCAGUGUUACACACACAUUCACUGAAGACACACACUGACAGUGGCGUACACACAACCCAUGGGGCCCCGGUGCAAAAACUGAUUCUCCCCCACCCCCCCGCGCUUACUGUGCAGGGCUGCGAACCCUGCGACCGCGGUAUGUACACCAGUGCAUGCAGAUACACAUACACUUAAAGGACCACUAUAGACACCCAGAUCACAUCAGCUCAAUGAAGUGGUCUGGGUGCCAGGUCCCUCUAGUUUUAACCCUGUAGCUGAAAACAUAGCAGUUUCAGAGAAACUGCUAUGUUUCACUGAGUGUUAAUCCAGCCUCUAGUGGCUGUCUCAUUGACAGCCGCUAGAGGAGCUUCCGCGAUUCUCACUGUUAAAAUCACAGUGAGAAGACACUGAACGUCCAUAGGAAAGCAUUGAGUAAUGCUUUCCUAUGGGCGGUUUGAAUGCGUGCGCGACUCUUGCCGCGCAUGCACAUUUGGCGCUAAGAGGCAGAUCGGGGUAGAGGGAUCCCCAGCGCCAAGGGAGUCCGGCGUUGGAGAAAGGUAAGUGCUGAAGACACACACACUCUCACGAACAGACGCAUACACACUAGCUAAGAGACACACAUUUACUGACAGACAAACACUCAGUGACAGACAUACAUACACACUCACUGACAGAGACACACUCACUAACAGACACCAAACAGACUCGCUAACAGACGCACACAAACUAACACACUCAGUAACACACACACAGUAACACACGGACACACACAAACUAACACUAACACACACUCUAACACUAAAACACGCACACAUUUUUAAAAAAAAUGUAAUCCCCCAUUCUCCCUACCUUUGGGAGUGCUGAGGGGAUUCCCCGGGGUCCAGUGGUGCUGCUGGGUGGCCGGUCACCAGCUUGCUGUCUGGCUAGCGGGCGGGCACGCGAGGGUGCACUCUCCCCUGAGUGCUCCUUCUUCAGCUCCCUCUCGUGCCGCAUACUGAUGCCGAAGCCGGAAAAUUAUGUCAUAUUCCGGCUCCGGCAUCAGUGCGGUGCGCGAGGGAGCUGAAGAGGGAGCACUAAGGGGAAAGUGCUCCCUCGCGCGCGCGCCAGCCCGUCCGUCGGGUGACACCAGGGCCACACUGGGUACAUACCAGGUCAACGGGCAGCCGCGACCCCAGUAUGCACGCCACUGCACACUGACAGACAUACUCAUUCACUGACAGACAUAUGCAUUCACUGAUAGACAUACACUCUCUGGGUCGGACACACUCUGACAAAAACAUAUACAGUCUCAGUGACAGACAUACACAUUAAAGACACAUACACACUAACAGACACACACACUAACACACACACACACUCACUUGCAGACAAUGCUGAAAAUCCAACGUAUAGUGUCUUCACACUGUUAUAAUGCUAUGACCCCAACGUACAGUAUCUUCACACUGAUGUAAUGCUGCGGUUCCAACUUGUAGUAUCCUCACACUGUUAUAAUGCUAUGACUCCUACGUAUAGUAUCUUCACACUGUUAUAAUGCCAUGACUCCAAUGUAUAGUAUCUUCACACUGUUAUAAUGCCAUGACUCCAAUGUAUAGUAUCUUCACACUGUUAUAAUGCUAUGACUCCAACGUAUAGUAUCUUCACACUGUUUGGGCAGACUAGAUGGGCGGAAUGGUUCUUAUCUGCCGUCACAUUCUAUGUUUCAAUGUUAUAAUGCUAUGACUCCAACGUACAGUAUCUUCACACUGCUUUAACGCUAAGACCCCAACGUACAGUAUCUUCACACCAUUAUAUUAAUUCUAACAUUGUUCCUAGCUUAUCUCAAAAUAUAUAAGAAAAAUUGUGCAACUCUCUUUCAUGUCACUGUGACAAAAACAAUGAUUAACUCAGCACAGAAAAAGAAAGAAUUAAAAAAAAAAAAAAGAUGGCAGCACGUUUUGGGGUCAGAGACAGCUAAUUACAGCCUAUAGAGGCUUAUUUAAAUCCAAAUUACCUUUUUAAAAGUGCCCUGUUGUGGUUUCCACUAGCUGGUUAUCUGAGAGUGCGUUCCUGAUCAUGUUUUUUCUGGUAUUUGACUUUGAGGGACAUUUACAUUUUAGUGGUGUGAGUCAGGAUGUGGCCGGUUAUAGCACUGUUCUGAGAAAUUGUAGGUGACUUGCUAAUAAUUAUAAUAACUUGCUAAUAAUUAGGAUUGUGAUUUUUACCAUGAGCACUUUACAUUCAUAUACCAUUAGGAUAUUUGAUAUUUAUUGUGUGCACUUUUUUUAUUAGACGGUAUUUGUUUAAUUUGCACAUAACCACAUUCCAAGAGUUUGAUAAAAUGAAUAAGUAUUCUAUAUAAGCGCACCUCACUUCAUGUUAUUGUUUUCUUGGUAUACUGACUGAUGUGAUAGUGCACGGUCAUAUAUGUAGCCCAUGAAGCAGCACAGCUUAGUGGAAUAGGGCCGUGACAGAGCUAGGAGGCGAACAUGCAUAGUAAGUGUGUUUGGAUUGGCUAGUUAUCUGGGUUGAGCAGUCUAAUACAUGUAGUGCAGCCAUUUUGAAAUUUUACCAUUCUAAUGCUUUCUCAAAGACCUUGUUGUUGUUCCUUCCACCCUCCCUGAUUUUGUGUUAGGUCUGGAAUUAUCCUCUGUCUGGUCACAGCGGCAGAGGGCUGGAUAGGUAAAUUGGGGUGUGGAAUGGGUUAUUACUGGGUAUUGAAUUAAUUGUGGGUUUUAAAAGUUGGUAUGUGGUUUAAAAAGUUGGUAUGGUAGGUUUUGAGCUGGCCUGUGACUCAGAAUCUGGGGUGUUGAGGUAUCUUGGUAUACCCCUGUAUUUGAUCAUUCUGGCAAGUUGUUUGCACUUAAUUAUGUUUCACAAUGUUGUUUAUGUUGUUAUAUUGUUAUGGUGUUAUGUUGUUAAGUUUGGUGGUCAUUGUCAUUGUGAUGUUGUGGGGAGUUUAUUUAUAUACUGUGCCACAAGGUUUGUUUGACUUUUCAUAUUGAAAUUGAUAUUAUAUCAUAUUAAAAGCUGCGGGCAGAAUUAUACCCAACAUAUUGGUGUCUGCAUAUUAUUUUUUGUUUUAUUUUACACUUGGGAGAUAUGUCUAGAGGUAUUUAGCAGAACAUGAUGUUUUCUCCAGUAUUGCAAUUCUCCUCUGCACGAGAAACCCCACUCAACAGAGAGAAAUGAACAGCAAAUGAAGAACCCAAAUUAAACUGGAUGCACUUUUGUCUUAAAUUCCUCAGAUGUCUGUACAUACCUGGCACUCUGCUCAGCGUCAUAGACCAUAGUUUUGUCCUUGGCCCCUUUUUCAAAUCAUUAUGGACUUAUAACAUUCCCUAAGAUUUUUCCAGCUCUGUGCUACUUGGCUCGUGCUGUCUGUGAUUGGAGGAAUCCAAGUCUCCACCUCUGAAUAUGAAGUAAUUCUCUGAAGUUGUACUUUAGUUCACAAACAAUCACAACCAAAAAACAAUGUUUACAACGGUUUCUUUCUGUGUUCCUUUUGCCAUUUUUGUCAUGGAUAGCUUUCUGAAAUUAAUUUCCCCCACCAAGCACAUAAAACUGUUUUUCAGCCCCUAGAUUCUCAUCAGAACUGCAUGUUCCAAGAAAGAUCUGCUUUUCGUUUUAUAGAACGUCUGGGCUUGUUGUUAUGGUUUCAGACUGUUUACCACUGCAGUCCAAAAUUGGAUUUUUUUUUUUCAGAUGAUAAAAACUCUGUUGUCAAUAGAACGUAUGUUUUAUGCGCUUCUUUCUAUGAUAGUUUAACGAAAGGUAUUAAAUGAACAUAAUUGCCAAGAAUUAGAGCAGGUAUUAAUAGUGGUAAUAGAAACUAUCUCUACAAAUGUUAAUGAUUUCAUUGCAGAUGGUACCACACACUUUUGGAUGUUCUAUCACGUGAUCUCUCAAGAGCUUCUGAUAGUCUGUGUUGUCAUAAAACUCUGGACUUUAGAGCAACUGAUACAGAAUUUCUUACUUAUUUUUCAGUAACACAGCUCUAUUGACCAAUGAUAAACAUAUUUAAAGUGGCUCUGCCAUUUAAAGUGGCUCUGCCAUUUAUUUUUUAUUUUUACAAAACUAUGAUUAUUUUACAAGUUAUACAUGUGGGAUUAUGUCCCUUUUGUAUAGAAUUAAUUUCCCUUUUGUAUACUUAGGAUGUUGACAAAGGAUGGAGCUUUAGUCAAGUUCCACAGCCUUUGUCAGUGGCUGGCCAGUUAGUAACUACCUCAUUCCAGCGACGCACCACUUUCUAGGAUAUUGCAACAUUGGUUCUCUGUUUUUUGUUUUUUUACAUUAUUUAUGUCAGUGCAAAUGUGUCAGGAUUACUAGUUGAUCCAGCACAUAGAAUUGUGUCACACAGAUGACUAAUAG